CGUUACUCCGGAAGGGACCUGCUUCUCUUAGCUGGCCCUUGUACGUUUUCAGCAAUUGAGCGACUGGUGAAGAUGGGGAAGAAGAAAGAAGUGAUGGUGGAGAGAGAAGGUGAAGCUGGUGGUCACGGAUCUCACAAGAAAAAACACAAGAAGCACAAGAAACACAAAAAGAAGCAUCAUCAAGCUGAUGUGGGUCUGGGCUUCUCCUCUGAGACUCUGGAAUCUGACUCUGGCACCGGGAAACCCCAGCUGAAGCUCAAAAUAAAACUUGGUGGGCAGACCAUGGGCACAAAGAGUGUGCCACACUUCUCCUUGGCCUCUGAGCUAAAGCAGUCUCCAUCUCCUCUGAUGGUUGACGAUGAACCAGAUGAAGUGCCAUUGGACCAGUAUCGGGCCUGGCUGGAUGAGGAGAGCAACUUGGAUCCAUCUCCUCUUCCAGAUAUGGAUUCAGAAAGUCUUCGGGAACCGGAACAGGAUGAAGAGCAACGAUGGCUGGAUGCAUUAGAGAAAGGGGAGUUGGAUGAUAAUGGGGAGCUAAAGAAGGAGAUUGAUGAAUCCCUGCUGACAGCCAGGCAGCGCGCCUUGCUACACAAGCAGCAAAUCCAGCCACUCCUGGAGUUGCCCAUGGGCUACAAGGCGAAGGAGAUGACUGAGGAAAUGAUGGUGAAGCGGGCUGAGCGUGCUCGAAAGAGGCGUCUACAGGCUGCCAAGAAAGCAGAGGACAGCAAGAACCAAACAAUUGAGCGGCUAACGAAAACCAAUAAGGCGAAAGUGAAAACGUUACGGGACAGAAGGACCAAGGGAAUGCAUUGUCCAAUGAUUAGAUAUUCCAAUAGUGCCAUGGGAAUUACUGUGUCCUUUCCACAUGGAUGUCCUGCCCCACUCCCAGCACCCUUGAUGCCUGUACCAACACCAGUUACCUGUGGGGUUGAGGGUUGCUCAAACUUCAAGAAAUACUGUUGUUCGAAAACUGGAUUACCCCUCUGUAGCCUUGAGUGCUACAAAAAAAACUUGAUGAUUCAAGGUUUGGCUUGAUGAGAGUGGAGCUACCAGAGUUGGUUCCAAAGUAAUACUGGCGGACGUACCCCAGAAAGCUGCUACCUGUGGACUGGUUGAUUUAAGCAAGAAUGAUGCUAGUUAGCAGUGGAAUGCUAACAGAGAAAGUUAAAAGGUGGUUCUGUGGUGGAAAGAUGUGAGGUGCCUUGGUUGAUAACACUUGUGAUUACAAUUUGGAUCGUAAUGGUUUUUGUCAAAAGAUGUUUAUCACCUUAGCGGUGGGAUUGAUGCAUCAAAGGCAUUUGACUGCUAGUUACUGAGUGAGUGGCAUUGAUUGGGAAAAAUAUUUCCCAUGUUGGGUCCCAAUGCAAGAAAUCAGACUUGAAAUGAGUCAGAUCCAGUCCUUUUUCCCUUGCCUCAGCCAUUUCUUUUUGUAUCUGUUACUAGUAUUUGUUGUUCUUCAGAAUAUUCUGAAUUAAAAUAAUUAUCUAACCUUGA